AUGUUCAAAAAAGAGAAGAAUAAAAAGAUGCAGAAUUUGCACGGAAACCCGCGAGCGCUGUUGAGGGCGAAUAUCGAGAGGAAGAGAGCCAGGUUCUCAGUCCGGAGCUACCUGCGCGCGAGUUUCGACCACUGGCUCGACUGGAAACACAAUCACCAUUUUGAGGAACACAUCGAAAAGACCAUUCAGACCAUCAUCUGCAUUCUGGUCGUCGUGUUUGUGGCUUGGAAAUUCACCUGGAUUUUCAACUACAUCGAAGGAAAACUCGCCCUUUUCAAAGAAUUUAUGCCCUGCUACCAGAGCCAGUUCUUCAUGCUCGUCGACUUCUUGACGCCGCUCUUCGCAGUGAUCUGGCUGGCGACGCAGCUGUGGCAGCACGACUGGCAGUACAACAAGCGCUCGAUUCACUCCUUCGAAGAGCAACUUCUCCACUCACCUUCCAAGCCGCGAUACAUCUGA